AUGGGCGUCAACGCGUACGUGACGCGGACGGGCCUGCGCACCGUGAGCACGCUGCACUCCAACACCUACAUCGACGGGCGGGUGCGCGUGGACGGCGCCAAGCUGGUCGAGGUGUCGCUCCACACGCCUCGCGAGCGCGUCGACGUCGUGGAGGUCACCUCCCGGCUGUACCUGUUGCACCGCGAGCAGCCGCGCGAGCUCGACGGCAUCCUGGAGGACCGCGAGGAGACGGAGGGCUGCACCUCCAGUAUGGCGGCCACAGUCACGGGCUUCCAGCUGUGCGGCGCGCUGUCCUACGCCAACGCCUCCCGCUUCCCAGACGCACCUUACUUCCCGCUCACCGGGCCCUUCAACCUCUCCGUCGGCCUGCUCCGCACCGACACGUUCGACGCCUACAAGUUCAUCUACAAGCUCGAGCACGACCACCCAACGGACGCCUCGACGCCCAUCUCGUGGUCGGCCACCUUCGACACCCCGGGCUCGCGGGUCAACCGUCGGCUGCGCGGCUCGCUGUGGCUGGACGCGCGGCAGCUGAGCGCGCGUGCGCAGCUCACCUCGCCGUGGGCGGCCCUGGAGGCCAGCGCCAAGGCCAACCUGGCGCGCGACAAGCGCUCGCUGGACGUGACCGUCAACAAGGACGGGCGCGAGAUGCUCGCCCUGGCCGCGUCCUGCGUGCAGACGGCGGCCGCGGGCGGGCAGGCGGGCAGCCGCCUCGAGCCCACCAUGACGGUGGCCUGGCAGCGCCGGCCGCUGCUGGACAUGCGUGGCGCCGUCAGCUACGUGACCAACGCCAAGUACAGCGCCGACCUGACGGUGGGCGGUCUGACCGACAAGCCCAUCGCCCUGGCCGCGGACCUCAGCCGCAACGGUCACAAGUGGGACCUCUCCGCCACGACGCGUGCCGCAGACCUCGGCCUGGAGGCCGGGCUGCAGGGCAGCGCCCGCUGGUCACCACCGAACGUCGUCAGCGCCAAGGUCACAGCCAACUACAAGCUGGGCGCCUCCAAGGCACACGACGUGGGCCUGUCCGCCAAGUACCAGAGCAACGACAAGGGGGCCCUGUCCAGAAAGAGCGCGUCCUUCAACCUCCAGAUGUCGCAGUGGCCGCAGUACAACGUGGUGGCCUCCCUGGACGCGCAGCGCGCGGACCGCUACUGGGAGAGCAGCCAGCAGCUGGGACUGGGCGACACGGUGUGGUCCGCCCAGCAGCUCUACCGCAACCGGCACCCCAACGACCACGCCGACCUGGCGCUCAAGGCCACGCUGGCCUGCCCGAAAAAGGGCGUCGACUACCGACUCGACCUGCAGCACCUCACGACCGACGCCAGCCUGUCGAGCCACGCGCUGCUGCAGUACUCCAAGGACGUCCGCUGGAACGCCAUGCUGGAGUACGGCGUGACGCAGCGCGCGGCCGACAGCGCGGCGGCCGGCCUGUCCGUGUACCGCCUCAACGCGCAGCUCGCCUGCCCCUGGAGGCUGCUAGACCUCAAGGCCGACGUGGCGCAGCAGAGCCGCGGCCGCUACCGGGCCAGCGCGCACGGCCGCUACGAGGUCACCGUGCCCAACGGGCCCAACGCGCACCACGAGCUCGUCAUCAACGGCACGUACGUGGACAACAGCACGGCUGUGUCGCUGCACCACACCCUGGAGCUGGACGCCUCCUUCCCGAGGUCGGCGUCGGCGUCCUGGGCGGCGCCCUUCCGCGUGACGGGCGCCGUGGUCGCCUCGAGCGGGCGCGCGCGCCAGUGGCUGCUGGUCGAGCGGGCGGGGGCCAAGUACCGCGUCGACGUGGACUACACCAAGAACAAGUACCACGUGGUGGACGUGGUGGCGCUCCUCGACACGAAGGGCUACAAGGGCCGGCUGAGCGUGCUCAACGAGGCCACCGAGAAGGGCGUCAUCGUCGACUUCCACUUCACCAAACGCUUCGUGCUCGACACCAAG